AUGAAGGAGAUCCUGCUGAUGGGCUUCUACCAGCCCCACGAGGCCCUCAGCCGCUUUCUGGUGUCAGCGCAGCAGGAGUUCAAGAUCCCCAUCAGGUAUCUCCAGGAGUACGCGGCGCUGGGCACGGGUGGUGGCAUCUAUCACUUCCGAGACCAGAUCCUGUCAGGUGGUGCUGAGGCCUUCUUUGUCCUCAACGCAGACGUGUGCUCAGAGUUUCCUUUGCAGGAGAUGCUGGAGUUCCAGCAGCAGCAUGGGGAUGCGCACAGCUUUGUCAUUCUGGGUACCACAGCCAACAGGACGCAGGCACUGAAUUAUGGCUGUAUUGUGGCAAACACAGACACGCAGGAGGUCCAGCACUAUGUGGAGAAGCCCAGCACGUUUGUCAGUGAGAUCAUUAACUGCGGUAUCUACCUGUUCACACCUGCCAUCUUCCAGCACAUUGGCAAGGUCUUCCAGAGAAACCAGCAGGAGCUAGUGCUCUGUCCUUGCCUUGGAGAGGAGAGCACCAAUGGCUGGCAACGUGCAGAAGUGAUCCGGCUAGAGCAGGACGUGUUCACAGCACUGGCUGGAAGCGGCAAACUCUAUGUCUACAAAACUGAUGGCUUCUGGAGCCAGAUCAAGUCAGCUGGCUCUGCUAUCUAUGCCAGCCGCCUUUACCUGAACCAGUACAGCAAAAGCCACCCAGAGAGGCCGGGCCUGGCCCAGAACAAGCCCGGAGGCCCUAUCAUCCGAGGGAACGUGUACAUCCACCCAACAGCCUCUGUCGACAGCACUGCAGUGUUGGGCCCCAAUGUCUCCAUUGGGGAGGGGGUGACAGUGGGAGCUGGUGUCCGUGUACGGGAGUCCAUAGUGCUGCAUGGUGCCUCACUCCAUGACCACACCUGUGUCCUCAAUACCAUCGUGGGCUGGGAUAGCACCAUUGGGCGCUGGGCCCGGGUUGAAGGAACACCCAGUGACCCCAACCCCAACGAUCCCUAUGCCAAGAUUGACAGUGAGACCCUUUUCCGGGAUGGGCGCCUCACACCGUCCAUCACCAUCCUGGGCUGCAGUGUCACCAUCCCUGCUGAGGUUGUUAUUCUUAAUUCCAUUGUCCUUCCUCACAAGGAGCUGAGCCGUAGCUACAAAAACCAGAUUAUCCUGUGA